AUGUCGAUGUGCACCGAUUCGCACGGGCGCAAGGUCAUCGUCGUCGACAACGGGACUGGGUUUGUAAAAUGUGGGUACGCCGGCGCCAACUUCCCGGCCCACAUAUUCCCGUCGCUCGUCGGCCGCCCGAUCGUUCGUUCGACGCAACGGAUUGGCGGGAUUGAGAUAAAGGACCUAAUGGUCGGCGAGGAUGCGGCAAACCUGCGGCACAUGCUCGAAAUCUCGCACCCGAUGGACAACGGAAUUGUGCGGAAUUGGGAUGAUAUGGGCCACAUUUGGGAUUACACUUUUGGACCCGAGAAGCUCGAUAUUGACCCCAAGGACUGCAAAAUGCUGCUCACCGAGCCGCCGCUAAACCCGCAGGCGAACCGCGAGAAGAUGAUCCAGGUCAUGUUCGAGCAGUACGGCUUCCACUCGAUCAAUAUUGCCAUUCAGGCCGUGUUGACGCUGUACGCGCAGGGGCUGCUCACCGGAGUGGUGGUCGAUUCUGGGGACGGUGUGACGCAUAUUUGCCCGGUUUACGAGGGAUUUGCGAUGAAGCACCUGACGCGCCGCCUUGACAUUGCCGGCCGGGAUAUUACAAAGUAUUUGAUCAAGCUGCUCCUGCUCCGCGGCUAUAACUUUAACCACACUGCCGAUUUCGACACCGUGCGCAUCAUGAAGGAGCAACUCUGCUACUCCGCCUAUGACGUUGAGCAAGAGCAAAAGCUGGCUCUCGAGACGACCGUGUUGACGCGGCAGUAUACGCUUCCCGAUGGCCGAGUGAUUCGCGUGGGCGGUGAACGUUUUGAGGCCCCGGAAGUGUUGUUCCAGCCCCAUUUGAUCAAUAGCGAAAAGCUGGGCCUAUCGGAGUUGCUGUUCAACUGCAUCCAGUCGGCCGACAUUGACACUCGCCCCGACUUCUACAAGCACAUCGUCCUCUCCGGCGGCACCACAAUGUACCCGGGACUCCCCUCCCGACUGGAGCGCGAGCUGAAGCAGCUGUGGCUGGAGCGCGUCGCCAAGGGCAACACCGAUCAGUUCAAGAAAUUCAAAAUCCGCAUCGAAGCCCCUCCCCGGCGCAAGAACAUGGUCUUCAUGGGCGGAGCGGUGUUGGCGAAUUUGAUGAGGGAUCGUGAUGAGGACUUCUGGGCCUCAAAGCAGAAGUACGAGGAGGAGGGGCUCGCCCGGAUCAUGCAGCAGCUCGGGAUGAGCCAG